CUCUAAAUUUUCAAAAAUCGAUUAAAAUUAGAGUUUCUAGCUAAGAAAAAUACAGACAAUUAACUAAAAUACAGACAGAAAAUCCGUCUAAAAUGCCUGUUUACAGACAAUGUCUGUAGGAAGUGCAGACAGUGUCUGUAAAAAAACCCCCGUAGGGUCAAUCCCGUCCCAAAACAGUUCUUGCUGACAACCAAGCCUCUUCCAAGCCUUCUUCGAGUCUUCUUCGAGUCUUCCUCAAAACUCUAACCCCUUGGACAUCGGGUGAUCACUUCUCAAUACGGCGCCUUGUGGUCCUCAGCCUUGUUAACCUGCUGCCUGGGACGGAGCUGAUCAGCACGUUACAUCAUUUGACGUACUCUCAAGUACCACAACGGGAUCGAGGCUGUGCCAGGCAUCAUCAACAAAACCAUACCAGUCCACAAAGCGACACCGAAUUAAAGCUUUACUAGCCCGCCGACAUUUCAUCUAGAGGUCUCCUUGGCAAGCUGUACAGUGACGACUAUCCCUCGCUUCAUCUCUAAGCUUCCCUCCCAAUCCCAAGCCUCGCGAUCUUCAAUAGUCCGAAAUACCGCACUACCACCAUCUCCUCCAUAUAAAGAAAGCACCUACUUUUCACCAUGCCCUUCACAAUCAAAACCCUCACCUCCAGCAACCCCUCUCAAAAACCCCGCCGCAACUCCACAAAGAUGUCCUCCUCGCAAAACAAGAACAACCAACCAGCCAUGCUCGCCUACCGCGACGAAAACAACACCUCCAUCAAAUACGCGCCCGCAACAACAGACCCCCAAAUCCAACACUCAAACGAUGAUUCUGAUGCCGAAGCUCUGAUCCCCCCAGCCGCACCACCCUCUGAGCUCUCAGAGCACGACAAGCAACACUUCACCGCCACCGGCCGUCCCCAACCCGCAUUCAAAGCCAGCGGCCUCGCAAACCUAGGCGGCCACAUGUACACGAUGCCUCAACUCCUCCCCAAGCGCUACACAGACGACAGUAUCAUCCCCGCAAUCAUCACAGACGUAAUCCCCACUCCCAAAGCUCCCGAAACAGAAACCGGAGGGAAGAAGAGCAGCUUGCUGAGUAAAUUGAAGGGCGGGAGCAAGAAGGACGAGCAGAAGGAUAAGGUGAUGAAGGUGGUGUAUAUGCCGCGGCGGGACUACCAGAAGUGGUUUGCGAGGGAUGAGAAGGGGAAUUAUGUGGGGAGUGAGGAGCAUAGGAGGUGGACGGAGGAGGAGCUGGAGGAGGCGUUUAAGCAGUAUAAGCCGGAUACGAAGGAGAAGAAGACGGGGUUGUUGAGUGGGACUGGAGGUGGGUUGAUUCUCUGACGUUUUUUUUUUGCAUUGGGUGUUUGGCUAACGGUGUCUGGCGUAGGUGUGAAGACUUCAGGUGCGCUGAAUGCUGUGGCGCAAGGAUUGCAGUGAUAUUUUAUCUGCAGUUGUGAUCUUGGAGUAAUGCGCAUUACCGCCGCUUUGCUUGUUGGAAUGUUUGACUAUUUUCAUGGAGAAGCUUUGGUCUGCGUCUCUUUACCCUUUGGCUGGUGGGAGGAUUGGGAGGUGGAUGGAUUGGAAAUACCCUUGCUUUUAGGCGCUGCAACU